CAAAGUGAGAGCAGAAACGAAACACCAGUAGCGAACUGAGAGCAUACACUACCCAUUCUUGCUCCUUAUCACUGUUGAGCUCACUCAUUAGAAGAAGAUGCCGAUCAGAAACAUCGCUAUCGGAAGGCCCGAAGAGGCAACUCACCCAGACACCUUGAAAGCUGGACUCGCUGAGUUCAUCUCUACUCUUAUCUUCGUCUUUGCCGGUUCAGGUUCCAGCAUCGCAUACAACAAGCUCACUAACGAUGGCGCCGCCACACCCGCAGGCCUCAUCGCCGCCGCCAUCGCCCAUGCAUUCGCCCUCUUCGUCGCCGUCUCCGUUGGCGCCAACAUCUCCGGUGGCCACGUCAACCCCGCCGUCACCUUCGGCGCUUUCGUCGGCGGCAACAUCACCUUCCUCCGCGGCAUCGUCUACGUCAUCGCCCAGCUCCUCGGCUCCAUCGUCGCUGCCUUGCUCCUCAAGUUCGUCACCGCAAGCACUGUUCCAGCAUUUGCACUCUCAUCAGGAGUAGGUGUUGGUGAGGCUUUGGUGUUGGAAAUUGUGUUGACUUUCGGUUUGGUGUACACUGUGUACGCUACCGCUGUUGACCCCAAGAAGGGUAGUUUGGGAACUAUCGCACCAAUCGCAAUUGGUUUCAUCGUUGGUGCCAACAUCCUUGUAGGUGGGGCUUUCGACGGUGCAUCGAUGAAUCCUGCCGUUUCCUUCGGACCCGCCGUCGUGAGCUGGAGCUGGAGCAAUCACUGGAUCUACUGGGUGGGCCCACUCAUCGGUGGUGGUAUUGCCGGAGUCAUCUACGAGGUUCUCUUCAUCAGCCACACCCAUGAGCAGCUCCCAACCACUGACUACUAGAGAGUUAAAAAGGGAUUGAGGAAAUUUGUGUAUUUGAAAAAAAAAAAGAAAUCUUUUCUGUAUGGUGCUUAAUUUACCUUUUUUCCUUUGUGGUUUUUAAUUAUUAUUAUCAUUAUCACUCUGAAAUUUCAGUUUGGACUUUGGAGGGUUGUCCCUUUUGUGUUGAAUCGGUGGCCGUUGAUCCUUGGUUCAGUGGUUGAUGAUGAUCAUCAACAAGUUUAGUUUCUCUUUUUUACCUUCAUUUGUACAUGGCCCACCAUUCAAGUACUUUUAUUAUUCGCUCUA